AUGGAUAUGGAGGCUAUUGAGGUUACGGUAACGAUGGUGGUUCUGGUCACAGGCCUUACGGUGGAUAUGGAGGCUACGGUGAAUAUGGAGGCUACGGGGGACAUGGAAGAUAUAGCGGCGAAAAUCAUUUUCACAGUUAAAUUCAGAACGAAAAUGGUGGCCGGAUUCUUGCAAAACGACCCAGAAGAUCCUUUCGAAAUUCGGGUUGGAGAAGGUGAUUGGUUUCAUGUGGAAGGGAGGCAACAGGGA